GGAGAGUGUGUGUGCAGGCUGUGUGGAGGCGGUGCUCCUGCAGACGGCAGCAGCAGCAGCAGGGCUGGGCAGCAGCAGAGAGAGAGAGAUCUAGCAGGGAGGGGACACAGCCAGACAAGGAGGAGGGACAGCCGGGCAAGACAGACAGCAGUAAAAAUACCGAGCGGUUCUCUCCGUGACAGCGUCUGUCAACAUCCCGGGCCACUGUUUUUCCAUCCCAUGCAUUGAUAGAAACAGCUUCAUUGCCCUUGUCAUUGACAGUCGUCACCAUGACAGCGGAGGAAACAAUAAAUGUGAAGGAGGUGGAGAUCAUAAAGGCGAUCCUGGACUUUCUCCACUCCAGGAAGUUGCACAUCAGCAUGCUGGCCCUGGAGAAGGAGAGCGGUGUGAUCAACGGGCUCUACUCAGACGACAUGCUCUUCCUCAGGCAACUGGUUCUUGACGGCCAGUGGGAUGAGGUCUUGCAGUUCAUUCAGCCUUUGGAGGGCAUGGAUAAGUUUGACAAAAAAAGGUUUCGUUACAUCAUCCUCAAGCAGAAGUUUCUGGAGGCUCUGUGUGUGAAUAACGCCAUGUCUGCAGAAGAUGAGCCUCAGCAUCUGGAGUUCACCAUGCAGGAAGCAGUGAAGUGUCUCCAUGCCCUGGAAGAGUUCUGUCCCUCUAAAGAUGACUACAGCAAACUGUGUCUGCUCCUCACACUGCCCCGCCUCACAAACCAUGCUGAGUUCAAGGACUGGAACCCGAGCACGGCCAGGGUUCAGUGUUUCGAGGAGGCCUGCAACAUGGUGGCAGACUUCAUCCCUGCAGACAGGAAGCUGAGUGAGGCUGGAUUCAAGGCCAGCAAGGAUCGACUCUUCCAGCUGCUGCUAAAGGGAGUCCUCUAUGAGUGCUGCGUGGAGUUCUGCCAGAGCAAGGCGACAGGUGAGGAGAUCACGGAGGGCGAGGUGCUCGUGGGUGUGGACAUGCUCUGCGGGAACGGCUGUGACGACCUGGACCUGUCCCUGCUCUCAUGGAUGCAGAACCUGUCCCACACCGUCUUCUCCUGUGCCUUCGAACAGAAGCAACUCAACAUCCACGUGGACCGCUUGGUCAAGCCCACAAAGACGGGCUACGCUGACCUGCUCACUCCGCUCAUCAGCAAACUGUCUCCUUACCCCUCCUCCCCCAUGCGCCGCCCGCAGUCCGCUGACACCUACAUGUCCCGUUCUUUGAACCCAGCGCUGGACGGGCUGUCCUACGGGCUGUCCGGCCAGGAUAAGAGAGCCAGCGGUGGGGAAGCAGCGCCGGGGAAAGGAGUCUCUCCCAUGUCGCACUCGUUUGCCAACUUCCACUACCCUGGAGCGGGGGGGCAGAGCCGGAGUCUCAUGAUGGAGAGCUCCGACUGCCACAGCAUCUUCGAGGAAUCACCUGAAACGUCACGGACAGACACACCUGUGGAUAAGAUGAUGGGUUCAGUUGGAGCUCAGAACCUGCGUCCUGCCUCAGCGCCAGGCGAGGACGCACCGUCAGCUGACUCAGAGGACAGGAACGAGCUUCGUGACUCGACGGAGAAGUACGAGGAGUACUACCGGCAGCGCCUGCGUGUGCAGCAGCACCUGGAGCAGAAGCAGCAGCAGAGGCAGCUGUACCAGCAGAUGCUGCUGGAGGGAGGGGUGCAGCAGGAGCCCCCACCCAGCGACAUGCAGCACAGCCUCACAGAGAAGUUCCUCAACAGGUCCAUCCAGAAGCUGGAGGAGCUCAACGUGGGGAUGGAGGAUCUGGGAGAGGAGGUGAAGUCUCUGGCGCAGCAGUGUAAUGGCAACGGGAACACCCCCGCCUCCGAGGACAAUAACAACCCUCCAUCUGUGAGCCCAGAGCAAACCCAAGGGGGAGAGGUGCUCAGCAGCACCCCACAGCGCACCGUGGGGGGGCGCCCGGUCCCGCCUCCAAAUGAGUCGCCUGUCGUAUCCCAGAGUGAGCACAAACUGAAAGACAGUCUACACGGUCACUCUCCAGGCUCCUUAUCCCGAAGUAAAGAGGGCGGCGACACUAAAAGCCUGUUUGUGCCGGUUCAUUCUCUGGAAGACACUCAGGCCAUCCGAGCCGUCGCCUUCCACCCGUCCGGAUCGCUCUACGCUGUGGGAUCCAACUCCAAAACCCUACGCGUCUGUGCCUAUCCAGACACAUUAGACACAAGUGGUUCCAGUCCCCCAAAGCAGCCGGUGGUGCGCUUCAAGAGGAACAAACACCACAAAGGCUCCAUCUACUGCGUGGCCUGGAGCCACUGUGGGCAGCUGCUGGCGACCGGCUCCAAUGACAAAUAUGUCAAAGUCCUGCCUUUCAGUGCAGAGACGUGCAACGCCACAGGCCCAGACCUGGAGUUCAGCAUGCAUGACGGCACCAUCCGAGACCUUGCCUUCAUGGAGGGUCCAGAGAGCGGAGGAGCCAUCCUGAUCAGCGCCGGAGCUGGAGACUGUAACAUCUACACCACCGACUGCCAGAGAGGACAGGGUCUGCACGCCCUCAGCGGACACACAGGUCACAUUCUGUCUCUGUAUACGUGGGGAGGCUGGAUGAUUGCCUCCGGCUCUCAAGACAAGACAGUGCGAUUCUGGGACCUCAGGGUGCCCAGCUGUGUGCGGGUAGUGGGAACUGCCUUCCAUGGCUCAGGAAGUCCUGUUGCCUCGGUAGCAGUCGAUCCUAGUGGCCGUCUCCUAGCAACAGGGCAGGAAGACAGUGCAUGCAUGCUGUAUGACAUCAGAGGAGGACGAACCGUGCAGGUGUAUCGGCCGCACUCCAGCGACGUGAGAUCCGUCCGGUUUUCCCCCGGAGCGCACUACCUGCUCACCGGCUCCUACGACACAAAGGUCAUCGUCAGCAACCUCCAAGGAGACCUGACCAAGCCGCUGCCACAGACGGUGGUGGGAGAGCACGGCGACAAAGUGAUCCAGUGUCGAUGGCACACAGAGGACCUGUCCUUCCUCUCAUCCUCUGCUGACCGCACUGUUACACUCUGGACACACAACCCGUAACACACAUACACACACACACACACACACACACACACACACACACACACACACACACACGCACGCAACAUACAAUGACACAACCAGUUAUAAUCUAAAAGACACGCGUCCGCUUAAAACACUGCUUCUCCUGCACUCCCAACAGUCACACCCUUUCAACACACUUACAGCUUGAACAACAGACACAUACAGUACAUUCACAUGCACACACACACACACACACACACACACACACACACACACACACACACACACACACACAGGUGAAUAGGCCUUUCACUUCUGUCUGUAGGAAACCAAAAUGGAUUCAGGCCUGCUACACAUAUAAGCACACAUAUUGCAUGUGUUGUUGUUUUUUUUUACAUCACUCACGUGUCAUGCUUCACACACUGUGUUUAUCAUCAGGGUCAUAACAGCAGGAUCAUUCAUUAUUUUCAGCAGCAUUUCACCUGCAUCCUCACUUGAACAACACACACAUACAGUACAUUCACACACACACACACACACACACACACACACACACACACCCACCAGUGCAUUGCUGCAUGUCAUUUUCACUGAGGAGUGUUUGAGGUUAGACAGAACAGUGCUUUGUUCAUGAUGGUGCCUUCCUUGAGUUCCCAGUUUCCAUAAUGAAAUUGUUAAAAAAACAAAGAUAAUAUGGUCAUUUUUAAAGAUCAAAAUGUGUUGAGCUAUUCAGAUGUCCUACAUUCCUUCUUUUGCAUAUCAUUUUCUUACAGCUGCUGUCAUGCUGCUAUUGUUUGAUGGGAGCGAGUUGAAUUCAUGGUGUAAAAUGUAUUUUUUUCCAGAGUGUCUGAAGUGAGCUUUCCCCGUGUGAGGAGUCUGAAUCUGUGGAAGUCGUUCUGUUUCCCUGUGGGGUGUCCGGUGUCUCAUGUUACCGUGUACUCUGCAUUGCUACAACUCAAAAUGUGUAAAAUUGCUUGUGCAUUUGUUUUAAAUUUGAAAUCAGUGUUUUUGCUCUGAAGCUAUUACAGUGUGUUGCGAUGGCUUGCUUGCAAUGGAUGGUCAAUAUUAUUUCAGCAUCAAAGGGAAAUAAUAAGUGUGUUUGUUGUUGAGCGUCGUAGCGUUCAGGUCGGAAUCUUCAGUAAGCUUUGGUCUGUCUACUGUAACACUUUACUGACAGUAGGGGGCGGUCUUUGCGCGCAGUGAGGCUCUAACCAUAUGCACAACAAACUUGGAAUGGAAGCACGGGUGUUUGAUAUUUAUUUAGAGCCAGUAUUUGGGGCAUAUGCAUUGUAUUCUUUUCUUGUUUUUUUACAUGCGCACUUUUGUCUUUUAACAUUGUCUUCUAGUACUGAUUUACUUACAAAGAUGCAUAUUUUAUGUUAAUGUAUUGUAUAUAUUGUUUUAACAAAUAAGGCCAAACUAAAACGUGCAUAGAUUUAUUUAUUUCAGUUGAGUUUAUGUAUGUACAGGUAUUGUUUUUGAACUGCUAGUGGCUGUUGUAUUUAGCCUUUCUAAUUCUUGUUUUUAAAAGUGACUUAAAUUAAUUCAAGCUAACUCAAGUCUGACUGCUGGUACGUUCAAUAAAGUGUCUUUU